AUGGCUGAGGAAAGCCUGGAGACAGAUGGCCCCAGAUCAUCGAUGCCGGCUGAGCUCCACCAACCUCACUCUAAGUACUCUCAGUGGAAGUUUAAACUGUUUAGAGUGAAAUCCAUGGAGAAGCCCCCUGUGUCCAGUGAGAAAGAGCUUGAGAAGGAAGCCAAGUCCGGCAUCUCGAUCUCUAACCUGUGUACAGCUCCAAAUAUAGGGUUAGAUAAUGGUAUGAGUACAGGUAGUGUCAUAAAGUUGUGCUUCAAUGCAAAAAGCAAGGAAAUUGUUGAACCACCUGACCAGAGCAUGGAUAUGAAGCUAGCAGAAAUUGACAACCACAUAAAACGUCUCAGAUGUCUGUGCCGUCUUUGUGGAACCCUGUUAAGGAAAGUUGGUGGCCCAGUCACUGAUGUUCAUGCGGUUCUGGAUAAAGAAAGCAAGAAUUCCCUUUGCAAAAUGGGGUGUACAUCAACAAAAUGGCCAGAGGUCAUCCGCAAAGUCUUUCAAGUGGAUGUGAGAGAAGAUAUGGAAUCUGUCCAUCCUCUUUCCUUCUGCCAUCGCUGCUGGAUGACUGCCAUACGGGGAGGGGGUGUUUGCAAUUUUUCCAGGACAAAAGUCCCAGAGUGGAAACCUCAUUGUGCCUUCUGCCACGUGUGCUCACCCAAGAAACAAUUAUUCCCUAAGACUGGCAGAAAAAGGAGAAAAGCCACUCCCAUUGCCCAAAGCUUAGUGAAAAGAACCAGAAUGGACCAUAACCACAUCACUGUCAGUGGUGAGAGUCGAGUUCUGAGACCAUUUGGCGGCCACCCUAAUGGUCCUGUCCUUAAGACAUGGAGAAGUCCCAGUGUCCAAAGGCAGUACUGGGUGAGGACCAUCACGCACUGUCAGAAAGAACACCUCAGUAUCAAGCUUAUAUCUGAGAAUUUCCCUGUUGACUUCCUCUGUUCUUUCAUUUGCAUGGUGUGUGACCAUCUGCUCUCUGACCCAGUUCAAGCCCCCUGUGGGCACCUCUUCUGCCGCAACUGUAUUAUAAAAUACAACCACUUUAUAGGGCCUCACUGUCCUGUCUGCAACUUACCCUGUUCCAGCGAUGACCUCAUUCUCCCUGCCCAAACUUUUUUGUCAGUCCUUCAUUCUCUGCUUUUGCUCUGCCCAAGAGAUGGCUGUGGUCAGCAUCUAAGACUAGACUCAUUUAAAGCUCACUGUAUGGGCCACGAUGUGGAAGAGCAGAAGGCAAGACAGCAAUCAUCACAGCUUGACAACUACCUGAUAACCAAUAAAGGGGGAAGGCCCCGGCAACACUUGCUAUCCCUCACGCGUCGUGCCCAGAAGCAUCGACUAAGGGACCUGAAGAACCAAGUGAGGGCGUUUGCAGAUAAAGAAGAAGGUGGCGACCUAAAGUCUGUGUGUCUGACACUGUAUCUGCUGGCACUGAGAUCUGCAAAUGAACACCGGAUGGCCGAUGAGCUGGAGGUUACGAUGCAAGGCAGAGGCUUUGCAUUGCAUCCUGCUGUGUGUUUGGCCAUUCGGAUCAACACUUUCCUGAGCUGCAACCAGUAUCAAAAAAUGUACCGGACUGUCAAAGCCACCAGUGGCCGCCAGAUUUUUCAACCCUUACACACGCUCCGAGCUGCAGAGAAAGAGCUUCUCCCUGGCUUUCACCAGUUUGAAUGGCAGCCAGCUCUAAAGAAUGUGUCUACAUCUUUCAAUGUUGGCAUCAUAAAUGGGCUCUCUGGAUGGACUUCCUCUUUGGAUGAGUCACCAUCUGAAACCAUCACACGAAGAUUCCGCUAUGAUGUGGCUCUGGUGUCAGCAAUAAAGGAUCUGGAGGAGGACAUUGUGGAGGGGCUGAGAGAGAGGCGGCUGGAAGACAGUGCCUGUACCCUCGGCUUCAGUGUUAUGAUCAAAGAAUCUUGUGACGGCAUGGGAGAUGUCAGUGAAAAGCACGGCGGAGGACCAGUUGUUCCUGAGAAACUUGUUCGCUUCUCUUUUACAGUUAUGUCUAUUUCUGUUUUGGUUGGUGAAGAUAAUAAGCAGGAGGUUACAAUCUUCACUGAGCCAAAGCCAAACUCAGAAUUGUCCUGUAAGCCCCUUUGUCUGAUGUUUGUGGAUGAAGCGGACCACGAGACACUCACAGCUGUUUUGGCGCCCCUGGUUGCAGAGCGUAAUGCAAUGAAAGAGAGCAGGCUCAUCCUGUCCAUAGCUGCCCUUCCUCGAUCUUUCCGCUUCCAGUUCAGAGGAUCGGGAUAUGAUGAAAAGAUGGUACGUGAAUUGGAGGGUUUGGAAGCCUCUGGAUCCACUUAUGUCUGCACACUGUGUGACUCUAGUCGAGCGGAAGCCUCUAAAAAUAUAGUGCUCCACGCCGUCACACGCAACCAUGAUGAGAACUUGGCACGUUAUGAAGUCUGGCGAACAAACCCAUUUUCUGAGUCGGUAGAGGAACUCCGGGACAGAGUCAAAGGGGUCUCCUCAAAGCCCUUCAUGGAGACUCACUCCACACUUGAUGCGUUACACUGUGACAUUGGCAAUGCCACUGAGUUCUACAAAAUUUUCCAGGAUGAAAUAGGGGAAGUGUACCGAAAGAAAAAUCCCAGCCGGGAGGAACGACGCAGCUGGCGGGCAGCUCUAGAUAAAGAACUGAGGCAGAAGCUGAAGCUCAAACCUGUGAUGAGGAUGAAUGGGAACUACGCCCGCAAGCUAAUGACCCUCGAGGCUGUGCAAGUGGUGUGUGAGCUGGUACCCUCAGAGGAGAGGAGGGAGGCCCUGAGGGAGCUGAUGAGGCUCUACCUCCAGAUGAAACCUGUGUGGCGCUCUACCUGGCCAGCCAAGGAGUGUCCUGACCAGCUUUGCCGCUAUACCUUUAAUUCCCAGUGUUUCGCUGACCUUAUUUCCACUACUUUCAAAUACAGGUACAAUGGCAAAAUAACCAAUUACCUACACAAGACCCUGGCUCAUGUCCCCGAAAUAAUAGAGCGUGAUGGAUCUAUCGGUGCUUGGGCGAGUGAGGGCAAUGAGUCAGCAAACAAACUGUUCAGGCGUUUCCGUAAGAUGAAUGCACGUCAGUCAAAAGCUUUUGAGCUUGAAGAUGUCUUGAAACAUCACUGGCUCUACACAUCAAAGUACUUGCAGAGGUUUAUGGAGGCUCAUAAGUGCUCAGCAAAAGCCCUGCAAGCAACCAUUGACCCAGCAGAACUUCAGGACAGUGAAAGUAUGUCCUAG